AUGAGGAUCAAUGUAAGAAAAUCGACAACCAAGUUGUUAAAAUUUUUUUUACAGCUUAGCAUACUGUUCUUUGACCAUGGAUUAAUCCCUUUUCUGAAGUACAUCACACAAGCCGUAUUCGGUAUAUUCAUACCAGAUUCAUCGUAUCACAUACAAUUAUGGUUCUGGAUAGAAACUUUGCUAUCGUACACAUUUAAAAUGUUGUGGGUUAUCCCUCUAUUCUGGCUUAGCAAGCCUUUAAACAGUUUUUGGUUUCAGGAAAUUGCUAUCCACUCGUAUCAAUCUAACAGAGGUCGGCCAAAACCAACACUGACAACCAAAAGUAGCAGUCUAGUGGAAGCCGGUAGUAGGAUAAUAGCGGACUUUUUUUUCAGUCUUUUGGUUGAAUUUUUCUUCCUAUUGCAAGGAUCAAUUUUUGAUUUUAUACCUGUCAUUGGUAGAGCAAUUUGUAUACUUCAAAUGGCUAUAUUAUAUUCGUUGUAUGCCUACGAAUAUAAGUGGAUUAACAUGGGUUUUCUUGUUCAGGAAAGACUAUACAGAAUUGAAUAUAAUCUACCUUUUUAUUGCGGCUUUGGACUACCAUUAGCUAUUUUAACUUAUAUACCAGAAUCUUUCUUUAUAAGGGUAUUAACAUGUCACGUAUUUUCUCCUGUAAUAUGGCUGACAAACGCAAUUUUAACAAGAUCACAAGCACCAGAAAAGAGCGAUAAAGCAGAUAGCUGA